AGACGUGACAUGAAUAAUAUAGAUGGCGAAGCUAGCAGAUUCGGUUGAGACAACUUCUCAAUUUUCUCAACUUUUCUGGGAAAAUUUAAUCGUUACUGUGCCUACCAAAGAUGACGAGUGCUCCAGAAAAUUGUGGUGCAAGCUGUUGUGUAGAAAACCUGUGAAAGUAUUGAAUAUACUGAAAGGGGUAUCCGGGUAUGCAGAGACUGGUAACAUGUUUGCCAUAUUAGGACCGAGUAAUGCUGGCAAAACCACGUUCCUAGCUGCUUUGGCGAAACGACUUGAAUUAUCUUCGGGCGCAGUAAAAAUCGACGGACAUGAUGUUUCUCGAGAAACGAUGGCAGCAAUAUCGAGUUAUAUAUCGCAAUUUGAUGUUCUACCCUCCGCGCUUACACCCAGAGAACAUAUGUCGUUUAUGUGCGCUUUGAAAAUAGGAAAUAGUUGUAAUGUGCUACGUAGAAAAUUCUUAGCAGAGGAACUUUUGCGGGAUUUGGGAUUGUACGAGUGCAUCGAUACCGCUAUAUCCGAACUAUCUGGCGGCGAAAGAAAGCGCUUGUCGCUAGCCGCGGAAUUGAUGACGAGACCGAAGAUAUUUUUUUUAGACGAGCCAACCAGGGGUCUAGACACUUUUGCCGCAAUGCACGUUGUGCGGUCAUUGAAAUUAAUCGCCUCGAGAGGCACUAUGGUCUUCUGCACAAUUCAUCAACCAGGUAUGACGAUAUACAAUAUAUUCAGCCAUGUGAUAUUGAUGGCCGAUGGUAGAUCCGUAUACUUCGGGACUCUGAAGAACGCCACGGACUUUUUUGAGAACCAGGAUUAUCGGUGCCCUACAAACUACGAUGAGUCCGAAUAUUACGUAAACAUUCUAUCAUGCCAAGCAGAUAUAGAGCUGUGCCGAGCGUUUUCACGAUCACCACUGUCAAAGAUUCCUGCGAUCGAAAACAUCUCGGUUUUCCACGCUAGUCGUCAAAAAAAAUCAGGAUGGUUCGUACAGUUUUAUUGGUUGUGCUGGAGAAUAUUCUUGCAGAAUAGAAGAACAGCUUUUGACAAUUGGAUCGCGUGGUUAUCUUGCGUGCUUUCCAUCGUCUUGGUAAAUAUUUUUUACGCUGGCACUAAUUCGUUGACGCAAGAAGGGAUGCAGAGUGCUCGAGGCGCAUUGUACUUGACGAUCUCUGAAGUAAUUUUUACAAUGGCUUACUCCGUCGUUUACGAACUACCUGGCGAGCUUGUUCUCUACGUGCGCGAAAGCACCGUGUACGCGCCGGGACCUUAUUACCUCGCCACCGUUCUCGCCUUGAUACCCAAGACGAUAUUCAAGGCGCUUUUAUUCACGGUUGCCUUGUACUUUGCGCUGCAUUCCGAAUUUUCGUUGCUCAGCUUUUGCUUCUAUUGUCUCUGCACGACGACAGCGGCUAUCUGCGGUAAUGCGUAUGGUAUGGCAAUCUCUAGCUGGAUCGCAGACAUUGAUAUCAUCACCUCGAUAAUGUUACUGAUUGACUUGUUGUUCAUUUUAAUGGCGGGUACAUUUUACAAUUUGCGCACUCUUCCAAGCUACUUGGCGUAUUUCAAAUAUUCUUCCAUAUUUUAUUACGCCACCGAAGCCAUAUCGAUAGUACACUGGUCGGGGAUAGAGGAUAUUGAUUGUCCAACCAAUCGUAAUCUGUCUUGUUUGUCAAACGGAACAGAGGUUUUAUCGGAAUACGGAUAUAAUGAAGGAAAUUUCUGGUGGGACAUGAUUGGACUGUUGCUUCUAACGAUUCUGAUGAACAUCACCGCGUAUCUCGGUACAAAGAGAAGAAGAACGUCAAGGUCGAUCGUUUAUUAG